CGAUACGACUGCCGUUUCCACCACUAGCACCACCACAUACCCACAUCCACUAGAUUUUCACCACCCGAGCAGGAGAGCUUCUUUAAGGACGAUAUCAAUCAUGAUACACAAUGGAGCGAUAAGCUAAGCUUAUCAGCCAAAUUUGAGCUAAAUGUCCUGCUAUAUGGUCAAAAUGAAGUGGAUAUUAUGCGGCGUACCACGUUGUUGGUAUUGUAGGUCCUGGACCGUGCCUGGCAGAUCGAGAACUGUGCUCUUAUCGACAUGAAGGUGGAAAACGGCAUUGAUACUGAUGGUAACAUUGUUCUGGCCGAUAUCAUUGACUCGGUUUCGUGGCGCCUGUGGCCACCUGGGGAUAAACGUCUUAUGGUGGACAAACAGCUCUAUCGCAAUCUUACCUCUGUGACCAGCAGCGAUAUGGAUACGGUAAAGCGCAAUUUCAUUUGGGUAUCCGAACAAUUGGUUGAUAUUGUGCCAAAAAAGGACUAUCUGGUGGUCAUACUGAUGGGCAGUGCUUGGGACACAUCGCAUAGUAAGAAAAUUGCCAGCAGUUGCCGUUCUCUGGGACUGAAUGUAGAGCUACGGAAUAGCAUCAUAUUUGUGGCCGUAGCUGGACGUUCGAAUGGUUUGGGUCCUGUUGUAUCCGGUAGCACCAAUUAUCCGAUUAUUAAUUACCCGCCUGUCAAGUCGGAAAACAUGCAGGUGGAUGCUUGGUCCAGUUUGAAUCUGCCCUCGGGCUUGGGAUGUGCCACCGUUCUUUAUCCAGAGGAAGCUGCAUUGCAUGCCGCUGCAAUUUUGGGCAUGUUCAACUUUAUGAUUUGGUCCAAAUUGCGUGCGAAGCAGUUGAAUAACUUUGUAACUCUCAAGAAGGCCGACAAGGAGCUGCGAGGUGAGCGCAAUGCCUAAAGGAUUAUGGACCAAUAGUCUCAAGUUCGUUUUAAAUAUAUAUACGCAUAUUUAUUUUAUUUAUUUUUGUUCUAUUUCAAGAACAUUUUACUUUAAGCGUGACACAAAAUAAAAAGACCGA